GCUGAGCGCACCCCGCGUUCGGAGCGUAAGCGUCAGGACUCGUUCGGGAUGUUUGACGGGUACGACAGCUGCAGUGAGGAGAGCACCAGUAGCUCCAGCUCAGAGGACAGUGAGGACGAGGUGCCAUCCCUCCCCGCCAGCCUGCCCAUCAUCAAGAACAAUGGACAGGUCUACACCUACCCCGACGGCAAGGCCGGCAUGGGUCAGUACAGACAAAUAUUGAUAUAGAAUCUGAAGAUAUAGAUAGAAAUCGGUCAGGAAUAUCUAUGAGCCAGUCAGUGUCACUCCGGGGUGAUCGCACAAAACCGGUUGGGGAUUUGUGGAUGGAGACGGUGGAAGAGAGUGUGAAUUAAGUGGCUGCCUGUGAUUGAGGUUAGGCUAUAGAGUGUGUAUUGACAUGGAUCCCAGCCUGCAACUGUCAUAGUUAUCCUUUCAUUUCAUACAGUAUAUUUGAGAAGAAGAACUGAUGAAAGAAUACAUUACUUUGAAUGAAUUGGAAUUUCCUGCUGUAUUCUGAGUUUCCUAGGAAUAUUUAUGUGUUGCCUCUGUUUUCCAGCAACCUGUGAGAUGUGUGGGAUGGUUGGAGUGCGAGACGCCUUCUACUCCAAAACCAAACGCUUCUGCAGCGUCUCCUGCUCUAGAAGUUAUUCCUCCAACUCUAAAAAAGCCAGUAUCUUGGCUAGACUCCAGGUAACCAUGAUAUGCCCAACUAUGUUCUGCAUUUUAUUGUUUUAGCCAGAUGGUAGAAUGAGAAUCUUUUCUUAUAUUUCCUUUGGAAAUGCAAGAAAACAGAAGUCAAAUGUGUGGACAUAUUUUGUUAUUUUCUUUCUUUAAUCUUGUGUCAUUGUUAUGUGCUUUUUACGGAAGGGUAAACCACCUACGAAAAAGGCCAAGGUCUUACAGAAGCAGCCUCUCAUGGCGAAGUUGGCAGCUUACGCCCAGUACCAAGCAAGUCAACAACAACAGAACCUGGCUAAAUCAAAAGCAGGUGAGUCCCCCAGUAGACCAAACAUACAGUCUCUCAUAUUAUUGUUAUGGAGAAGAAUGACCUUGAAUGGAAAGUUGUUUUAGUCAAAAGAACACACAUUCUCUGUAUUUUCUUGACCCAGUAUAGUGAACAUGUGAUGUUGACCUUGUUCCUUCUCCCCUACAGUGGUUCCUGUUGAGUGCUUUGACUGGGGACGAUACAUCUGUAGCAAUAACCUGGUCGGAGCACCAGUCAGCUGUUUCAAGCACGUACGUUUAAACAAUAGCCAGACAUUCAAAUUGUCCUGUAUUGAUGUCACUUGCAGAUGCUAAGCUUAUACAUCUGUAAAUCCACACUGUUUUGAUCAACACAAUUGUCCCUUGUGGGAAAUAAUAUGAAGUCGUAUUAAAUUGAAAUAUUUCUAUGUGUCUUAGGUCCCUAUGGGUACUUGCUGGGGAGACCUAGCUGAAGGAGUGAGGGUGGAGGUGCUCAACUCCGAUACUAACCUCUCUACUAAAGUCUACUGGAUAGCAGGGAUCGUCAAACUUGCAGGUAAGAACACAUCUAAACACAUGGAGGAUUUUAUAAAAAUUGUACCUGUGGUACAAUAAAAGUAUUACGUGUUUUUUUUGUCUCUAUGAUCAGACUAUACUUAUAUAACAAGAAUAAGGGGUAUUCCUCUUAGAGGAAUGCACAGUAAUGGGGUUGUAAAGAUGUUCCGUGAAAGGUUCUAACUGUGUUUUAUCUGUUGUCUCUUUCUGUUUCUGUUCUCUUCCCCAGGGUUCAAGGCUCUGCUGCGGUACGAGGGUUUUGACAACGACACCAUCAGGGACUUCUGGUGUAACCUCUGUGUUCCAGAGAUCCACCCCGUGGGGUGGUGCGCCUCCAGCGGGAAACCCCUCGUACCUCCCAAAUGUAAACAUCACUCAAUAUUCAUAAUGAUGAUCAUAGUAAUACUUUUUUUUUUUUUUACUUGCCUUUAUAAUAAUCACAUAUUCCCUAACAGAAGAUGAAAAACCAGGUUGAUAGACUCUGAUGGCGGAAAUGUUUUUGUGUUCUCUCUCAGCGAUACAGCAUAAGUACUCUAACUGGAAAGCCUUUCUUGUGAAGCGACUCACUGGAGCCAAAACACUGCCACCGGACUUUGCUGCCAUGGUAAGAUGUCAUUAUUAUGAGCCGCAGAGCCAAGGAUGAUAGGCUAAACUCUACCUAGAUCUCUUAAAGCUCCCACUCUAAACCAGGGGUUGGAACCGGUUCAGGGAACACAACCAAAAACUGGAAAAUAAUGUACUUUGUCAAGGAACAGAAACAGAACCGGGAAUGAAAGUGAUCUCUACUGCUCCGGAACAGAACCGUUAUUUCCGGAAGCAUGUUAUUUUACGUUCCGGGUAUUUAUUUCCAGUCCCACAAAAAAUACAAAAUAGGUGCUUAUGCAAGGCCUACUGACAUUACAAGUGUGAUUCACAAGAUAAGGGGACAGAGAUGUUUUUAUUAGAGAAGAAUGGAUUAACUUGUUCAACGCUAGUUAAGGAUACUAUAGUUAUCACGUUUCACAUUGGAUUCAUUAGCUAUAAAAAGGUAAUACGUGUUUUUAAUUGUGGUGCCGCUCUGCACACACAAGCUUGUUAGCUAGCUCUGGUCCAGCGUUAAGCCUACUCAGUUCAAAGGACAUUGAAAGUUCCUCCAUAGAAGCCGCUCUUCCAUAGGUAGGCUAUAUUCUGUGGGCCUAAUUCAGGUAUUGCAUGUCAUAACAAGAUGCCCAGCGCUUCAAGCCAAGCCGCCUCCUCCACCCUCUCUCGCUCUCUCCCCACCUGCACAAUUUCAGUGGUAUCUCAUACCCUACACUUGUCUGUCCGUCACGCAUGUAAACAAUUAGCUUGCCCACUCCAUAGCAAGCUGCUCUAUCCGCACUGAUCGGUGAAGUCAUUUAAUGAGCUAAAUGUAAAAAAACUGUCAAUUUUCACAAGUUAAAAAAGGAACAAUCUAAAGGAACAAUAUUUGUUUCGAACCAGUUCAGAACGUUAUUUUGCUGGUCGGAAUAGUCGAACGAAAAAACAAAUGUGUGGUUCUGUUCAGAAUGAAAUGAUUGGAAAAUAAUUUUGCUUCCAAUCCCUGCAGUAAACACCUUCCAUUUCCCCCUCCCUAACCAGGUCCAUGAGAACAUGCAGUUCCCUUUUAAGAAGCUGAUGCGAGUGGAGGUGGUGGAUAAGACCCACCUGUGCCGAACUCGGGUGGCUCUGGUGCAGCAGGUGAUCGGGGGAAGGCUGAGGCUCGUCUACGAGGAGAGCUCCGACGACUUCUGGUGUCACAUGUACUCCCCCCUUAUACACGCCAUCGGAUGGUCACGGAGCAUCGGACACCGCUUCAAACGAUCCGGUCAGUCAAGUUAGUUUGUUUGGCUAGUUAAUUUGUUAGUGAGUUAGGCCUAGUUAGUUAGUUGGUUAGUCCAAUGUGUUUGUUUUCUGGCUCUGAUGGCAAUGAUUGUUUUCCAGAUGUGUCAAAGAAAAUCGAUGGUCAGAUGGACGCCCCCGCCCCACUGUUUGCCAAGGUAAUGUAAUUCGCCACGUGUAUUUACAGUGGCCCAAGUCUUUGUGCCUCUGUGGUUUGUAUUGAUAUUUUUCCAUGUAUGGAUCCGAAAUGAUGAAUGUGUCUGUGAUGUCUCCUCAGGUGAAAGAUGUGGACCAGAGUGGUGAAUGGUUCAAAGACGGGAUGAAACUAGAGGCCAUUGACCCUCUAAACCUCUCAGCUAUAUGUGUAGCCACUGUAAGAAAGGUAACUGUCUAUGUGGAGCCACUGUAAGAAAGUUAUGGAAACAGUUUGGGUUGUUACCAAUAGAAAACGUUCAUAUAGGGCAAAUUCAAGGGGCAUUUAGCACAAUCAUACUUCUCCACUGUUGGUGCCCCUGGAUUGGGGAUUCCCUAUUCUUAUUUUCAGUCCCCUGUAACCUGUUCAGGUGUUGCGUUGUAUACAUCUUGUCUUGAUGUUUGCUGUCUGUUUCAGGUGUUGAGUUGUAUACAUCUUGUAUUGCUGUUUAAUUGUCUGUCUCAGGUGUUGGCAGACGGGUACCUCAUGAUCGGCAUCGACGGGUCGGAAGCGGCUGAUGGCUCAGACUGGUUUUGCUACCACUCCACUUCUCCCUCCAUCUUCCCUGCCGGCUUCUGUGGAAUCAACAACAUCGAACUCACACCCCCUAGAGGUACAUUUCUAUACCCUCCUUUCUUUUCCUACUUUCACAGACUACAACAUUCCUUCACUCAGAUUUAAUUUUUUUCAUUCAACCAUUGCUUAUUUAAUGAAGGAUAGUCUCAUUUUAGAUAGUAUCUCUUUGUCCCAAUAGUUGAAGGUAGUUUUCUUUCCUCUUCCUUUCCUUCUCUCUCCUCUCUGGCCUCUCUGGUCGGGGGUUAUGUCUUAACCCAGCCUUACCACUGACUUUGCCCCACAGGGUACACUAAACUGCCAUUUAAAUGGUUUGACUACCUCAGAGAAACGAGUUCAAUAGCCGCUCCUGUGAAGCUCUUUAACAAGGUAGGACUGAUUCCUGACAUCGUGGCUGUGUUGUUUUGUUGUUUCGCACGGUCCUGUAGUUCUGUGUAAUGACAAAGCCAUGCCAACAUGCGUUUUUGUUCUUCUAUGAUUACAUGAAAAUAAGGUUGAUAGGUUUCGCUUACAUACAUUGGAUAUUAUAAGUAUUCACCCCCCUUGGAUUUUUUAAACAUUUUGUUGCGUUACAAAUUGGGAUUGAAAUCUAUGUAAUUGUGAUUUUCUGUCAUUGAUCUUCACAAAAUACUCCAUAAUGUCAAAGUGAAAAGAAAAUUCUACACAUUUUUUCAAAUGAAUAAAAACUAAAUUACUAAAAUGUAGUUGUUGCAUAAGUAUUCACCCCCUUUGUUUAGGCAAGCCUAAAUUAGUUCAGGAGUAAAAUUUGGUUAAACAAAUCACAAGUUACAUGGACUCACUUUGUGUGAAAUAGUAGGCAUGACAUGAUUUCAACCACAGAUUCAACUACCAAGACCAAGGGGAUUUUUGAAAGUCUCAUAAUGAAGGGCAGUGAUUGGUAGAUGGGUAACAAUAACAAAUCAGACAUUGAAUGUCACUUUAAGCAUGGUCUAGUUAAUAAUUAUGUUGUGGAUGAUGUAUUAAACCACCCAGACACAUCAAAGAUACAGUCAUCCUUCUGAACUGAGCUGCAGAACAGGAAGGAAACUGCUCAGGGAUGUCACCAUGAGGCCAUUUGUGAUUUUAAAACAGCUAUGGAGUUCCAUGGCUGUGAUGGGAGAAAACUGAGGAGGAUCAACAACAUUGUAGUGACGCCACAAUAAUGACCAAAAGGAUAAGAAGUAUAAAAACAUACAGCAUGGCAAAGGAAUAAACUUUUUGGCCGAAAUGCAAAGCCUUCAGUUUGGGGCAAAUCCAACACAUCACUAACUGCCUCCUUAUUUUAUAGCAUGGUGGGUGCUGUAUCAUGGUAUGGGUAUGCUUGAUAUCAGCAAAGACUGAGGAGUUUUUCAGGAUAAAAAGAAACAGGAUGGAGCUAAGCACAGGCAAAAUCCUAGAGGAAAACCUGCUUCAGUCUGCUUUACACCAGACUGGAAGAGGAAUUCACCUUUCUGCAGGACAAUAACUUACAAUACAAGGCCAUCUACACUGGAGUUGCUUACCAUGAAGACAGUGAAUGUUCCUGUAUGGUCAAGUUACAGUUUUGACUUAAAUCUGCUUGAAAAUCUAUGGCAAGACUUGAAAAUCGCUAUCUAACCAUGAUUCUCAACACCUUGACAGAGCUUUGAAGAAUUUUGAAAAGAAUGAGCAAUUAAACUAUCCAGGUGUGCAAAGCUCUUAGGGGGCGAUUUCCACCUGAGUUAAGCAAGCGUAAAUGUAAUGUAAAUCCCUUUAUGCACUUUUCUCUCUAUGCGUAUUCUGACCUUGAACUUAAGCAUGAGAAUAAGGUCUAGCGAACCUACUGGUUCCAAGUGGGAAAAAGCAUCUAACACCAUUCUCCAUGCACUGUAAUGUACAACUUGAUACGAGCUAUUGAUAUGAGCUAGGUAAAAGAGUAAUCCAUUUGGAUAAGGGAAUUGUAAAUAUAAAUGACACUUGAUUUAGAUCUAGUUCACCUUAUAAUAGCUGGAGACAAAUGUGAAACCAGUCAUAUGGCAGCAAACUGAAGCAUAUCAACAUAUCUUUCCCAAAGUUGAUGAAAUACUGUGCCAUUAUGCAGCAUUUAAAUUGUACAGCCUUUUAACUUGCAGCCAGGGAUGGGCACUCUCGAAUAUCUUAAUUAUAGGCUACCCUGACUUUCUCUGUUUCCUAUUUCAUUAGUAACAGUUGAUAAUAUAAGAAAAAAAGACGUAGGCUAAUUAAAUCGUUACGGAGUGCAGACCAAGCCGUAACAGUAUGGCGCAAUACUUGGCCAUGUCAUCACACAGUUCCAUGGUUAGUGCAGGCAAUAGAUGUGGGUAUAGCCUACUAUUGUACACUAUUUUCCCUAUUAUAAUUCCAUGUACACUAAUCUUCUAACAUUACCAUGAGUUAAAGAACUCAAUGUGGCACUUUUCAGAAUGAAUCAAACCACUUUUUUCUUUAUUUCGUGUGUAAAGGCUCUCCAAACCAGUUUUUUAUGAUUCUUAAAUACUUUCCUAAAUAAUCUACAAGAUCAGAGUAUUUUUUUAUCUACCAAUUGGUGCUGAAAUGUAGACGAAUAUGCAUAUAUUUAGAUGGCUUUCGUUCAUUGAUCCCUAAUAUUCUGAACCCGUUUUUUCAAUAUAUUCUAGUCUGUCGACAGAAUUCUAACAAAAGUUACACUGUAUUUAAAGGGAUGUCUUAAGAUAAAUGUACUGAAAACCCUAUUGAAUGAAAACUCCAUGAUGAAAUCUGUUGGCUAGCAAGUGGGAGGGUUUUCAGCAGUUGAAUAAAAUGUAUUCAGAGGGAGCAAUAAAGCCACACCUGCAGAGCGUGUUACGUGACUGAUUAAGGUAAGUCUGAAUACCAAAUACUGAGAAGUCCGUAGGAAAGGUGUAAAUUCCUAACUCUUUGUAACACAAUAAAAUGUGAAGAAAUCCAAGGGGGGUGAAUACUUACGAUACCCACUGUACAUGUUUCAUGUAAGAAAAUGGAUUGACCAUUAACCUAAAAAUAUCUCUCCUCUUUGCCUCCGCCAUCUUGUUGCCUCUGCCCAGGAUGUUCCAAACCACGGGUUCCGCCAGGGCAUGAAGCUGGAGGCCGUGGACCUGAUGGAUCCCAGGCUGGUGUGUGUUGCCACAGUAACUCGGAUCGUCCACCGCCUGUUGCGCAUCCACUUUGACGGCUGGGAGGACGAGUAUGACCAAUGGGUGGACUGCCAAUCACCUGACCUCUACCCCGUGGGCUGGUGUCAGCUGACCGGCUACCAGCUACAGCCCCCCGCCGCACAGAGUGAGAUCAAACACUAUAGUUCUACACAAAUAUAACACGCUAACAUGCUCAGUCAUAAAUCAAUCUCUACCCUUAGGUUCUCAUUGAUGGAUUGGAUUAGGUUCCAGCAAUAUGUUGCCAAUUACUUGAUAACAUUCAAUUGGAGUCCCAAAUAGGGUUUAGUAUUUUCCCAAAAAUUGACAUAUUUUCCUUCCCCAGAAAUGUUUUAGGACCCCUUUAGACAUAAAUAAAAAUGUGGCCUUUAGUACCAAAUCCCAUAGAAAUGCAUUGAAUAACAUUUAUAAAUGGCAAAAAAGACAGUCCAAAAAGAAAUCAUAAGGAAUAAGGUUUUGAAGUGUCUGUCGUAUAUCUAGGAGCUAUAAGAGAGGUCAGGAAAUAUUUGAGUAUUUUUUGACACAUUUAACCCCUUUUUGGGGGGUAGGCACAAAACUACCUCCAUACUUCCAUUAAUUUUUUUAAACCAGUACCGGUUACCUUCAGACGAGUUCCAUGACACUUGUGGGGGUCGUAGAGCAAAACGGAGACCACCAUCGUGUUUGUGAGAGUCUCCCCUUUCCACAGUGGAGUCACCUUAGUUUGUAGCCCAAAACAGUUCGGACACUACAAACAGAACUUGUCACAUCGACGGUACCGACUUCAGAUGAGUCCCGUGGGACCUGUGGGGGUCGUAGAGCAAAAUGGAGAACACCAUUGUGUUCGUGAGAGUCUCCCCUUUCCAUAGUGUGUAGGCCAAACUGUUCGGACGCUACAGAUGAUUUCGUGAGAAGACCGAUUUUCGGGAUGUCUCAUGAUCUGACAAACACUACUGUAGCUCGGCCACCUUUCACCGCAGAUACGGAAGGCCGCCAUAGGCAGAUACAGUAGAUUGAGACGCAUCCCAUGCAAAAAAACAUAUCUUUAACUUAAACUGGCAGAUUUGGAUGGGGAAUUUUGUAUUAUGUUUCUUAUGUUGACGCACCGGUGCGUCAAUAGACUCUAGGGGAUUUUUAAAAUGGAAAGGGGGAUACCUAGUCAGUUGUACAACUGAAUGCAUUCAACUGAAAUGUGUCUUCCGCAUUUAACCCAACCCCUCUGAAUCAGAGAGGUGCGGGGGGCUGCCUUAAUCGACAUCCAUGUCAUCAGCGCCCGGGGAACAGUGGGUUAACUGCCUUGCUCAGGGGCAGAACGACAGAUUUUUACCUUGUCAGCUUGGGGAUUUGAUCCAGCAACCUUUCGGUUACUGGCCCAACGCUCCUACCCGCCAGGCAAGAUCAUGUAAUACCAGCGGAAAAAUCUGACAUGAUUAUACCACUGUAAAUUGAGAAAUAUAUACACAUGAAUCUAAUGGUGUCUUGAUGUACUGUAUUUGUUGCCAUUUAAUAACUCAAAGUUCUCUGUCACCACCCUAUUUCGUUGAUGAAGCACUGUUGACCGACUGGUCAAAUGUUAUAAGGUUAUAACAGCCUGAAUAUUACAUUUGUUUUAGCCUACCUUUGACUGAUAGAUGUCAGACAGCUUGUUGGUCCUUUUCUCUCCCCUUGCACCUGGCUAUCAGGGGAAUUUGGGAGGGUUGUGGCUGUUUGUACAUAAUGAUAACCGACUUAUUGUGGCAACUUUGUCACAGGGAAUACAGUAUAUAUGAUUCUCAGCUGAACAAACAAAUAAGCAAGUAGCGGAGAUUCAACACCAUGGAUACCGCAGUGGAUGAUCAAUUUCCUGCAAAUCUGACUAGUAAGCCCACUGUGCUCCCACUUUUGAAGUUUAACAUCAUGGAACAAUGUUGCAAAUGUCUACCCAGUGUAGCAGCUGUUUUGUUAACAGUGAGUAGACUAGCACAUGUCGAACCUCUGCCAGUGCCACACAGCUAUUUUGGAGAUUUGUAAAUGUAAGAUGGAGAUUGUCUACCGUAACGAGAGGUCGCAUGUAACCUACACAUAGUCAGCAAGUCAAUUUAUAAAAGCAAUGCAAGUAAGUGCUGUUUUUUUUAUUGGGUUGAGUAAAUAUGGUAGGCUGCUAGCGUUGUGAUGACUGGUCUGAUUUAUGAAUGAAGCCAGGGAGUAGGUAUGUCCGUUUCAUGCAGCUAUUUGGACGUGUAUAUUUAACAUUUUUGUGUUAGUGCGGCAUAUAAUUUGUAUAUUAUUGGUCCACGGUACCUGUCAUUUUCUUUCUCCGGAAACAGGAAGGAGAUUGGUCGGGAAAUCUCGGGAUACCGGUUACCGGUAUUAAACCCUAGGCCCGAACUAGGGUUUAAUGUACAUUUGUACAUUUGUGUCAGUAAAACAAUAGGCAACUGUUUGUUUACUGCUAUUUCAUGUCAUUUCAGUGGCCAGAGAAAUCCCACCUGCUGUACCUAAGCAGAAGAAGAAAGCCCAACAGUACAAAGGCCAAAAGAAAAGUGAGUUAUCCUCUUUUCCUCCUUUCGUUGGUCUACACUCUGGUGGGGUAAAUCUAUCUACCCUUUCUCUUUAUUGGUUUGUUUUUUCUUUCUUGUCUGUUCCUUGGGAUCUGAUUGGUUGGCAUGAGUCACAUGAAAGGAAGCUGUGGUACUUGGGGUAAAAGCCAAAGAGGUGGUCGAAGGGGCUUGUAACACUGGUUGUGACGGUCCAAACAGACAUGUGGUCACACACACACCACCAACGCUAGCUGGUUUACUUGAGUCUUGCUUACCUGGUAGCUUACCUGGGGUGUAUUCAGAAUAUGUAAGGUUCUAGAACAUUUGAUAAUGGAACAGAGAUCAUUCUCUGAACCGUUUGAAAGGUUUUGCAACAAAACAAUUAAUUGGGGUCUGGUGAUUGGUGUUUUGAAAUAUUAUAUGAAAGGACUUGGAAUAUGUACAUGUUAUGUAAUCUCAUUAAAGCAUGGAGUUAUCUAGGCCUUUGCUUAAUACACACAAUAUUAUCUAUGAUGAAUAAAUGAAUGCAUUUAUUAGAUUUGGAAAAAACAUAUAAAGCAACACUGUGCAACCAAACAUUCAAAUCUAUACGGUUGGGAACGCUAGCAUCCUGAAAACACCCCUGGAAGCUUACCUGAGUCUGACUUGGUGUCUAGAGCGGAAGAUUCCAGUUGGUCGACGGCCCUUCAGUCAGGCAGGCAGGAGGAGGAGCCUAUCAGGGGAGGAGGAAGAGCAGAGUCCGCCCCCUUACUCCAGCCAGGGCCCCACUAUGGUCCCCCGGCCCCGCACCCACCACCACCACCAUCACCACCACCACACCCACAAACCAGGUAACACACUAACAAUAAAUAACAACCAAGACCUCCACACAGACAGAGGGCGCUAACAGGGGACAGUCCUCAGCCACUCUAGGUCCUGACCUUUAUGUGUGAUCGCUGUGUGUCGGAUGCAGCUGCAGGAAAGAAAAAUCUAUUUAUCUGUUUCUGUGUCAUGUUAUUGAAGUAUUCAUGUGAAAAAUGUCAUUUUCUCCUCCCACCUCAUGAUGCGUACUAGGUGAGCAGGAUGUAUUAAUGAGCAAAAGUUGUAAUAUGAUUUACUGUGUAUGUCUGGUCGUAUUACAGGAACUGCAGGCUCAGAUGGAGGGCUAGGUAUUAAGUCAGCUGUUCCUGUGCUGAAAAGUGUUUUGUGAAUAAAAAUAGUUGUUUUGCUAUUUUGUUCUGUCUUGGAGUUGAAAAUGUAUGCUCUGUCUUGGUAUGCUGGAAAGAGUUUCACCCAGAAUUUUGAGAUUCAUGUAACCCUCAAUUUGGCUAACGCUCUCUCCCCCCUCUCUCUCCCUCUCGCUCCCCUCUCUCUCUCCUGCUCUCCAGAGUCUCUGUUGCGUCUGAAGGAGGAGCCGGCUGAGGUGGAUGAGUUCACCUUCUCCCAGGGCAUCUCAGACCAGGAGAGCAACGGCUCGGGCAGCUACUACAUCAAACAGGAGCCCUGA